CCCUCUCUCAUCAUCCACAUCUUCCAAAACAAACCAAGUUGUCAUACAGAUCGAGUGGCACAACCUCUGGAUGGACUUCGAUACGCUGAACUCUCACCCGGAGGCGCAGCUGGAGCUGAUGAACGCAAUGCUGCAGCUAGAGCAGCUCACCGCGCUCCCUGACCACGCCAUGCCGGUGCCCCCUUCUCCAUGCACGCAAGCCCCUCGUCACCAGUUCUCGUCGGCGCCUCACAUGGCGAGCGCCAACGCCGGCGGGGCCUACCACGACCCGUAUUCCCAGCUGCCGAACUCCGCCCCCUACAACGGCAGCCACCGUCGCUCCGAGUACACGGCGACGUCGCAGCCUCCACCCGACGGCGCUGGCGGCACGGGGCCGGCGGCCAUGCGGGAGAUGAUCUUCCGCAUCGCGGCGCUGCAGCCGGUGAACAUCGACCCGGACACGGUGCGCCCGCCGAAGCGCCGCAACGUGCGCAUCUCGACGGACCCGCAGAGCGUGGCGGCGAGGAUGCGGCGGGAGCGCAUCAGCGAGCGCAUCCGCAUCCUGCAGCGCCUCGUUCCGGGCGGGACCAAGAUGGACACCGCGUCCAUGCUGGACGAGGCCAUCCACUACGUCAAGUUCCUCAAGACGCAGGUGCAGUCCCUGGAGCGCGCGGCGGCGGCCAACGGCCAGUGCGCGCCGCCCAACGGCGCGGCGGCCGCCGAGGCCUACCAGGGCCUGAACGGGCCGUGGUAA